UUUCUAUGGCCCCAUCUUUGCUGGUUGGAAUUUUAAAAAACCGAUACUGGGCUCAUAGGAGAUGGUGAAUUUCCAGAGAGAUCGAGAGAGAGAGAGAGAGAGGGAGAGAGAAGCUAAUUUAGACUUUAAACUGAAGGGUGCUCCAGCUUAAAAAAAAAAAAAUUUCCUGGGUCCAACCUUCUCAAGAAAACCCAACCCAGUUUGAGUUCUCUUAUCCCAGCUUCAGAGCAGAGAUUCCAGAGAGUUUUAGAGACCAGGCUUUUAGUUAGUCUUUUAAUUCAUUUAAAUUUUUUUGGGAUAAAUUUUGGGAGAAAAAAAAUGUCACUGAUUCAAAGAUUAACAACUUGCUGUUAGAUCAGCAGGACAGAAAUAUACAACAUACUUGUCUAACCUUCAUAUAUUCAUAACAGAACCACCAGUAGAGUUUGGUGCUUAUAAAAUAUGGAUUUUUUUGACAUCUUCUAGAAUCAUUCUCCCACUGGGUGACAUUUACUGAAGCUGGAAUGUGAGUCCUUCUGUUCUGAUAGUGCUUCUUUUCUUUUCUACAUUGCUUCUUGGUUUUUUAUACCUUUCUAUUCUUUUUUUCCCAUUUUUACAUUCAUAGAUCUCUGUGUAAGAGCUGCAGAAAAUGAUCAACUUCCAGGGAUCAGUGACAUUCCAGGAUGUGGCUGUGGACUUCACCCCAGAGGAGUGGCAGCUGCUUGACUGUGAUCAGAGAACCUUGUAUUGGGAUGUGAUGUUGGAGAACUUUAGAAACCUCAUCUCAGUGGGGGGCCCCGGUACCAAAACAAAAGGCAUCUUCAAGGCAGAGCAAGGACAAGAGCCAUGGCUGGGGGAGGGAGAGAACCCACGCUGGCGCUGUCCAGAAGCUGAUUGCCUACUUGUUGAUGAAUCAGAGAAGCACCAGGAAAGCAAAGACAAUUUUUUGAAUUCAGUUUUGUUCACAUUCAAUAAAAUUCUGACUAUGGACAGACUCCAUGGUUAUAACAUGAGCACAAGUCUUAAUCCUACAAGAAAAAAAUCAUAUAAAUGUAAAUUAUAUGGGAAGAGUUUGCAACCUACUUUAGACUUACUUAGUUACGAUAGAUGUUGUACUGGAAAAAACUCAUAUGAAUGCACUGAAUGUGGGAAAGCCUUCAAAAAGAAAUUUCAUUUCAUUAGACAUGAAAAAAAUCAUACAAGAAAAAAACCUUUUGAAUGCAGUGACUGUGGGAAAGCCUAUAGCAGGAAGGCGCACCUUGCAACUCAUCAGAAAAUCCAUAACGGAGAGAGACCCUUUGUGUGCAAUGAUUGUGGGAAAGCAUUUAUGCAUAAAGCACAACUGGUGGUCCAUCAGAGACUCCACACAGGAGAGAAACCUUACGAAUGCCAUCAGUGUGGGAAGUCGUUCACUUGGAACUCCUCCUUUACCCAGCAUGUGAAAUCCCAUACACUUGAGAACUCAUUUGAAUGUAAGGAAUGUGGGAAAACCUUCAGGUAUAGCUCAUCCCUUUAUAAACAUUCUCGAUUUCAUACAGGAGAGAAACCCUACCAAUGUAUUGUAUGUGGCAAAGCCUUUGGUAACACAUCUGUGCUUGUUACACAUCAAAGAAUUCAUACAGGAGAGAAACCAUAUGGGUGCAUCGAAUGUGGCAAAGCCUUCAUCAAGAAGUCACAUCUGCUUAGACAUCAGAUAACUCAUACAGGAGAGAAGCCCUAUGAAUGUAACAGAUGUGGGAAAGCCUUUUCCCAGAAGUCAAAUCUUAUCGUACAUCAGAAAAUUCAUACAUAAUAUUCAUGUUGAAUACGACAAAGCCUUAAAUAUUAGAUAAAUCUUAUUAAAACAGAAUUCAUGGGGAGAAAUCCACCAAUUUGAAUGGAUUUGGAAGAGUAGAUUCCCACAAAAAAGAAUCAGUGCCAUCAUGUUUUAGAAGUGAUAAUAAAAUUUUUACAGAAUAAGGUCACAGAAAACAUUUAUAAAUAACAGCGCUUAGAAAGUAAGCAUAAAUUAGUCAAGGAAUCAGUGAAAAUUAUACUUAUUUCUGAUUUUUAUUUUUAUA